AUGGGUAGAGGACCAAAGAAGCACCAGAAGCGCCUUAGCGCCCCCAGCCACUGGCUCCUGGACAAGCUGUCCGGUGUCUAUGCCCCUCGCCCAUCCGCUGGUCCUCACAAGCUCCGCGACUGCAUGCCCUUGAUUGUCUUCGUCCGCAACAGACUCAAGUAUGCGCUCAACUUCCGCGAGACCCGCGCCAUCCUCAUGCAGCGCCUGGUCAAGGUUGACGGCAAGGUCCGCACCGACAUGACCUACCCCGCCGGCUUCAUGGACGUCAUCAGCAUCGAGAAGACUGGCGAGAACUUCCGUCUCGUCUACGACACCAAGGGUCGCUUCACCGUCCACCGCAUCGGUGACGAGGAGUCCAAGUACAAGCUCGGCAAGGUCAAGCGUGUUCAGCUCGGCCGUGGUGGUGUCCCAUUCUUGGUUACGCAUGAUGCGAGAACCAUCCGCUACCCCGACCCCUUGAUCAAGGUCAACGACACCGUCAAGAUCAACCUUGAGACUGGCAAGAUCGAGGACUUUAUCAAGUUCGACACUGGUGCCAUCGCCAUGGUUACCGGCGGUCGUAACAUGGGUCGUGUUGGUGUCAUCACCCACCGCGAACGUCACGAUGGUGGUUUCAACAUUGUCCACCUCAAGGAUGCUAUUGACAACUCGUUCGCCACCCGUGAGACCAACGUUUUCGUCAUUGGCCAGGACAAGCCCUGGAUCUCCCUGCCCAAGGGCAAGGGUGUCAAGCUCACCAUUGCUGAGGAGCGUGACCGCAAGCGCGCCCUUGGCAACUAA